ACGGCACAAACUGCAGCCAGCAGCAGGACCCGAGGGCGUCCCGUUCCCCAGCAUGGGCCCCCUGGCCUGGGCUAUCUGCUGCCUCGUGGGGGGCCUCCUACUCCUAGAGGGCAGUGCCAGCGUGCCCCGCCUGCGGCUCUCCUACCGAGACCUUCUGUCUGCCAAUCGUUCUGCCAUCUUUCUGGGCUCCCAAGGUUCCCUGGACCUCCAGGCCAUGUACCUGGAUGAGGACCGGGACCGCCUCUUUCUGGGGGGCCGGGAUGCCCUCUACUCUCUGCGGCUUGACCAGGCAUGGCCAGAUCCCCGGGAGGUCCUGUGGCCACCGCAGCCAGGACAGAGGGAGGAAUGCAUUCGAAAGGGAAGAGAUCCUUCGACCGAGUGUGCCAACUUUGUGCGGGUGCUGCAGACCUACAACCGGACCCACCUGCUGGCAUGUGGCACUGGGGCCUUCCAGCCCAUCUGCGCCCUCAUCACAGUGGGGCACCGUGGGGAGCACGUGCUCUACCUGGAGCCCCACACGGUGGAAAGUGGACGGGGACGGUGCCCGCACGAGCCCAGCCGAACCUUCGCCAGCACCUUUGUAGGUGGGGAGCUGUACACAGGCCUCACUGCCGACUUCUUGGGGCGGGAGGCCAUGAUCUUCCGAAGUGGGGCUCCCCGGCCAGCCCUGCGUUCGGACUCCGACCAGAGUCUCCUGCAUGAUCCUCGGUUUGUCAUGGCUGCACGGAUCCCUGACAACCCUGACCAGGACAACGACAAGGUGUACUUCUUUUUCUCCGAGACUGUCCCAUCGCCUGAUGGUGGCCCGGGCCACGUCACCGUCAGCCGUGUGGGUCGAGUCUGUGUGAAUGAUGCUGGCGGCCAGCGGGUGCUGGUGAACAAAUGGAGCACCUUCCUCAAGGCCAGGCUGGUCUGCUCUGUGCCCGGGCCUGGAGGUGCCGAGACCCACUUUGACCAGCUCGAGGAUGUGUUCCUGCUGUGGCCCAAGGCGAGGAAGAACGUUGAGGUGUACGCACUCUUCAGCACUGUCAGUGCUGUCUUCCAGGGCUUCGCCGUCUGUGUGUACCACAUGGCGGACAUCUGGGAGGUUUUCAAUGGGCCUUUUGCCCACCGAGAUGGUCCUCAGCACCAGUGGGGGCCCUAUGGGGGCAAGGUGCCCUUCCCCCGGCCCGGCGUGUGCCCCAGCAAAAUGACUGCAAAGCCAGGACGACCUUUGGGCAGCACCAAGGACUACCCAGACGAGGCGCUGCAGUUUGUCAGAGCCCACCCGCUCAUGUUCCAGCCUGUGCGGCCAUGGCAUGGCCGGCCUGUCCUCAUCAAAACUAACCUGGCCCAGCUGCUGCGGCAGAUCGUGGUGGACCGCGUAGAGGCGGAGGACGGGACCUACGAUGUCAUUUUCCUGGGGACUGACUCAGGCUCUGUGCUCAAGGUCAUGGCUCUGCAGGCAGCAGGCUCAGCUGAGCCUGAGGAGGUCCUUCUGGAAGAGCUCCAGGUGUUUAAGGUGCCAACGCCCAUCACUGAGAUGGAGAUCUCUGUCAAAAGGCAAAUGCUGUAUGUGGGUUCUCAGCUGGGUGUGGCCCAGCUGCGGCUGCACCAGUGUGAGACCUAUGGCAGAGCCUGUGCAGAGUGCUGCCUGGCUCGGGACCCCUACUGUGCCUGGGAUGGUGCCUCCUGCACCCGCUACCGCCCCAGCCUGGGCAAGCGCCGGUUCCGCCGGCAGGACAUCCGGCAUGGCAACCCUGCUGUACAGUGCCUGGGCCAGAGCCAGGAUGAGAAGGCUUCAGGACUGGCGGCCACCAGGGUCUAUGGCACGGAGCACAACAGCACCUUCCUGGAGUGCCUGCCCAAGUCUCCCCAGGCUGCCGUGCGCUGGUUCUUGCAGAGGGCAGAGGACGAGGGGCCUGACCAGGUGAAGACAGAUGAGCGAGUCCUGCAAAUAGAGCAGGGGCUGCUGUUCCGCAGACUCAGCCGCCUUGAUGCCGGUACCUAUACCUGCACGACGCUGGAGCAUGGCUUCUCCCAGACUGUGGUCCGUCUGGCUCUGGAGGUGAUUGUGGCAGCACAGUUGGACAGCCUGUACCCUGGAGGGCCGAGGCUGGAGGAGCCCCCCACCCGGGGAGGUCUGGCCUCUGCCCUACCCAAGGCGUGGUAUAAAGACAUCCUGCAGCUCACUGGCUUUGCCCACCUGCCCCAGGUGGAUGAGUACUGUGAGCGUGUGUGGUGCAGAGGCAUUGGGGAGCAUUCAGGCUCUUUCCGAAGCCAGGGAAAGCAGGCCAAGGGCAAAAACUGGGCAGGACUGCUACUGGGCAAGAAAGUAAAGAGUCGGGGCCAGGCCGAGCGCAACCGGACGCCUCGGGAGGUGGAGGCCACAUAGAAGAAGGCCAGUGAGGUGGUGUCAGGAUGGGCUGGAAACCUGGCAGCAACUUCCAGCAUCUUCUGCCCACCCAGCCAGGACCAAGGGGGCCAGGAUGCCUGAUUGCCUUUUAGGGACUCACAGGAAAGACUGGUGGCCUGAGGGGAGGGCCCUGUGCCUGAGGCCUGUUCCCUGCCCCUCUCUGUGUUCUCAGUCUCGGACUGAAACUGGUACUCUCUGGCCCUGGCAGCCCCAAGGGACCUGCCAUUUGUUCUCAGAGAUGGCCUGGCUUCCGGAGCACAUUUCCGGUUUUGCCCAAGGCAAGAGGGUUGGGUGGUUCUUUCCCAGCCUUCAGAACAAUGGCCAUUCUAAGUGACCCUCAGAGUGGGUAUGGGGGUAGCUCUAAGAAAAUAUCUGGGCAAGGGUCCUCAGGCAGCCCAAGGAAUGUAGAAGUGGCCUCUUAAGGUAGUACCUAUUAGGAAGGGAGCUGGGGAGGAAAAGCAGAGGUAUUCAGAAGGUAGAGAGGUGCCACCCCGCCCCUCCCUUUCACCAUGAUGUGCUGGUGGUUCCCUGACAAGGCCUAUCACCUCUUCUGCAUCUCAGAACUACAGAGGCGUUGGCUGCUGGUUAUCUGGGAGUGGUCUGGGCCUCAGGUCCCACUUUAUAACGAGGGCAAGAAGUCUCACAGCCUGACCUCCCUUCCUCAGGCCCCAAACUGUCAGGCCAGGUUUGCUGUAUGCUCACACCCCUUGACAGAUCCACUUUCCCCAUUACCAUUAGGUUUCCAUACCGAGAAGCAGGGAGAGAGAUAGGAUCUAGGGCAGUGAUGGCGAACCUUUUAGAGCUGUCAAUGCUAACAAACAACCCACUGCAGCACGGGUGCCAUAGGUUCGCCACCACUGAUCUAGGGAAUGUCAGCCCUCAUCUCUGUGGAUUAGAGAUGGGAGAGGGGAGCUGGAGAGAGGGUUGGGAGGAGUGGGCUGUCUUUCCAGGGUGGUGCAGGCACACCCCAGACCUAGGAGAGUAAGAAUUUGGAGGCUCUGUGAGCUGCAACUGGUGAUCAGGACUGGAGCCAGGACUUUUUCCAGGACCACAGAGAAUUCAGAAGCUGUGGACAUGGAGGGAGGGUGGAAGUCCCUCAGGAUGGGCUAUGAACCCAGGAGCAAGUGUCCUCAAGAACUCAAGAUGACAUUAAUUAGUUCAGAAGCCACUGGGAGGGCCAGAUGUUCCCUGGAGUCUGUAUUUUCUGCUAAAUAAGGAUUGGGCAUGGAUAGUUCAUUUUAAAGGGUUGUCUUCCUCCCUCCCUCCCUCCCUCCCUUCCUUCCUUCCUUUUGCGGUGCUGGGGAUGGAACCCAGGGCCUUGCACAUGCUAAGCAAGCACACAACCACUGAGAUUUAUCUUCACUUUUCCUUUUUUUUUUUUUCUUUUAAGGGGAAAAAAUGUAGAGAAAAACGAUCCUGGUUUUUGGUGGUGAGGCUCAUAUGACAAGGUCACAUUUUGCCUGGGCAUGUAAGGGGAGGUGUUUUUCUCAUCAGCAGUUUCUCAGGCUAGGGAGCACAGGCCAGGAGGAGGACAACUAAAUGAAAAUAUAUUCCCAGCCUGCACGUUAACAAGUUAGUGACGCACAAGAGUUUGAGAUGCCCUUUAAAAAACAAAGAUAGAGGGCUGGGGACUUAGCUCAGUGGUUCUGCCGCCUGCCUCACAAGCACAAGGACCUGAAUUUGAUCCCCAGUACCAAAACCAAACCAAACCAAACAAAAAAAACCAAGAUAAAGAAAGAAGGAGGGUGAUCAAAUCAGGGUUUCCUGUCCUACUGAAACUCCAACCUUGAGGGCCUUGGGUCUUAUUUCUUCCAUCCUGACACUGGCAGAGUACUGGAGUCUGACAUGGUCCCCACUUCACCCCUUUGAUUGUGAGGCAAGUGAAAUGGAAGCACUGAAAUUAAUCUCUCAACAACUUGAGAAUUUUUCCUGCUUGGAGGUGCUGUCUGUUGGGAUAUUAGCUGGUAAAAGCAGAAGAGACAAACAGGCAGUGAGGGUGUGGCUGGAGGAAAGAAGGAAAGGGAAGACAGGAAAGACGAGAGAUGGAGGAGAAGGUGCAGAGCUCCAGGAAACGGUGUUACAGCGUGCUCUGCCCCUCUGUCCCUGGGAAUCCAGGAAGAGACAACUGAGGCCUGAGUGGCCUUUGGGGAGGCCUGGGCUUGGCAGGCUCCAGGCAGGGUCCUUUGGGGAAAUGGCCCAGGAGAACAGAGAGAGGAGGAGCAUGAGAUCCUGAACAAUGCAUACCUGCUCUUGGAAAAAUAUGGACAGUUCUACCACCUGCUGUGCUUCCUAUGGUACUGUGUGUUAUUAACUCCUGGAAAUGCCCUCUAUGUGUGAAUUUUAUUUUUGUGUUUGUAUGUCAAGAUGGGCCUUGUGAUUUCUCUGUCUCCACAGUACGCUUCUUGUAAUUACUAUUGUUAUUUUUAUUUUUAUGACUGUCCCUGAGCUCUGGUGAAGAAAGUAGAGACUACAAGGAAAGAGAUGAAGUUACUAUUUAUAUCACAUAAUUAUAUCAUUAUUAUAUCUUUGUA